UCAGAAUCUUAUGAACAGUUUGCAUCUCGAGAUAAAGACUGGUUGGCAAGGAUUAACCAAACAGGAUGGUUACAACUUAUCAACUACUGCUUGUCAGCAGCGGCGGAAGGAAUCGAAUCUCUUAUGGAUCAUGGAUGUUCCGUGAUUAUUUAUGAGAAUAAUGGUUUGGAUAUUUCUGCUGUAGUUUCUAGUCUUGUGCAAAUUUGCUGUGAUCGAUAUUAUAGGACUCUCGAAGGUCUAGACUCAUUAAUCUCGAAGGAAUGGAUAGCUCUGGGUCAUCCGUUUGCCCAACGUCUUUUUGGUGUUUCGGGUGGCAGCAACGACGCUGUUACCGCUCCCACAUUUUCUAAUAUUCCUCGAUUGUGUCGCUCAGCUCAUUCGGCUUUACCCAAUGCAUUACCAGUAAAUAUUUAUAUUUAUAGGUUCACCUACACUCAACAUGCAUUGAUAGCUUUGUGGGAUCUAGCGCUAACGGGAAUGGUGCCAGCAUUUUCUGCCUCGUCGAUUGCAGAUCAACUUGCCUCAAAUAUCAGUGGUGGUCCUUUUCCAUUGGAACGAUUUUUUCAUGAAUCAUACUUCCGACUGUUUACAAGCAUUACCAAUAUCGGAGCUGUAAUUGUGGAGAAAGCUUCAGGUAGUGGUCACUUCAAUUUGUGGUGUGGGUUCGAUGCCGGAGACGAAGGACUGUUUUUCAUACCUGCCGUUCCGCGUUUCGCCUGUGAUCCAUGUAAAACUGGGAAUGCGUUGAUUUAUGACGUGCUUCGACCUCCAAGGACAAUGGCUGACGUACAAUUGUGGAAUGAAUGCUAUCUGAGAUGGAUACCUUCCGCUAACGUUACUCGUGGCGGUGCCGUCAUCGAUGACUUCGCCUUGAAGGAAGUGAUCGAGGAAGAAUUUCCGUCAAGUAUAAAUGUUCUGUCGAGAUUUGGAGCAACCAAUGUUAACUUAGAUAAGGUGAGCUCCGCACAUCCGUAUUCGGCGGCAGAUGUAAAUCAUCGUGGCUAUUUCGCAAGUCGCGAUUCUGAUACGUUGUCAAUUUCGUCGAUGUCGUUGUCAGUCAGCGAGGAUAGGUGGAAAGUGAGUUCAUAUUAUUUGAAGCCAGCGAUGUUCCAAGCAACAUCGUAG